AUGCAGUUCGAGGAGCUAUGCCUGGUAUGUAAUGAUCUAUCAAGUGGAUAUCAUUAUGGAGUUCCAUCUUGUAAUGGAUGCAAAACGUUCUUCCGCCGAACAAUAAUGAAAAAACAGCUCUUCGUCUGUCAACACGAGAAAAAUUGUCCAGUUGACAAAAGUAUCCGAUGUGCGUGCCGUUUUUGUCGAUUCGAAAAAUGUAUUCAAGUUGGAAUGGAUAAAUCUGCACUACAAGCAUCAAGAGAUCGGAUUGGAUACACAAAAAGAACGAGAAAACCUAAAACGAAAGAUGUAUCAUUUAGUAGUUCAAGUGAAAUGUCUCCAGGAAGUUAUUUUGCUGAAUCUCCUGGAUAUGCUCAAAAAGCAUUUGAAACAUAUUGGAGCUAUGUAGUCAGUAGAGAAAAAGCAUCUAAUGAAAUGCGUCUGUCAGAUUAUCUACCAAAGAGAAGUUUGAAAGAAGCCCUGUGCUCAAAAAGUUUAUUAAAUGAUCCGAUAUUUUUAAGCAAGUAUGCUCUUCCAAGCUCCAAACAUACUUAUACAUCAUUGAGGUUUAUUACACAAACUGACUAUCAUUAUUGGCACGAGAGAGACUGGUUUGUGCUGACGGAAUAUGCAAAAACGUUUAAAAUUUUUGAAGCCCUUUCGUAUGCUGACAAGGCUGAAUUAGUACGGCACUCUGCAAUCACUUUACCAGCUUUAAACCAAGUUUACAACUCUCCAGACCAUGGGCUGGAUACUGUUGUAUUUCCAGAUGGAACAUAUUAUGAUAGAACACAUGAACCAACCAGACCUUCUGGAUUGAACAGGAAAAAAUAUCAGGUUCUUGAUUUAGUUUUGAAACCAUUCAGAGAAAUUGAUAUAAAUUUCAAUGAAUUUGCUGCGUUCAAAGCAAUCACGUUUUUGAAUCCAGACGCUGAUGUUUCUCUCCAAGCAAAGUUGGCAAUAAAUGAGGAACGAAUAUCUGUAACUAAACAACUUUAUGACUAUAUGGUGAGAAACGAUGGAAUUGAAAAAGCUAUAAAAAGAUUUAGCCGUCUAAUUCUCAUUGGAACUUCGAUGUCGAAAAUGGCUUGUGAAUCGAAAGAAGCUGUUUGGAUCGCUGAUUUCUUUGAAAAUAUUGGAUAUACUAGUUUUGCAAAAGAACUUUUCUUUGGCGAUUAUGAUUCAGAUGUAUAAAUUACUUGUGUGAAGACACGCCGCACCCAAAAAGCUACUUCGUAUUAAUAUACAAUUUUCGAAUACUAGAAAAUACGAUUCGGGAGGGAUUAAAAAUUCAAUAUUUUAACGAGAAAAUAUUAAUAAUGGAAUUUAUUACUCUAAAAUAUUUAUUCUUAAAGUUUCUAUCAAGAUU